CCCCUCCAACGACUCACAAAGCGCGAGUAUUAUCGCAAGACAAGUACAGCUCGAACGUUGUAAAGCACCAUGGCCGAACUGUCCGAUACCACAGCUCUCACCGAAGACAAGGGCCCCUCCAAGCGAGCGCUGGAGAAAGCCGCAAAGAAAGCAGCAGCAAAAGCAAAAAAGGCCGAACAUGCCCUGCGUCCCAAGGAAGCCGCCAAGCCCACCUCCGCAACAGCACCAGUCAGUGUCUUUGCAGAGGGCUGGCUAAAACGCGUCUACGAAGAGAAGCCGGUUAAAGACGUGCGCACCCGAUUCCCGCCCGAGCCCAACGGUUUCCUACACAUUGGGCACUGCAAGGCGAUUGCGGUCGACUUUGGCUUCGCGAAACAUCACAAUGGGGCUUGCACGCUGCGAUAUGACGAUACGAAUCCAGAGAAGGAGGAUGAGAUUUAUUUCACGAGCAUUCUGGAUUCGGUGAAGUGGUUGGGCUUCGAGCCGUCGAAUAUCACGUAUAGCAGUGAUCGGUUUGAUAAGUUGUAUGAGCUGGCGGAAGUGCUAAUCAAGAAGGAUGGCGCUUAUGUGUGCCAUUGUUCUAGAGAGGAGGUCAACAUGCAGCGCGGUGGACCUGACAACAGGGGCAAGCGCUACGCCUGCGAGCACCGCACACGACCCAUCGACGAGUCCAUCGCCGAGUUCAGGGCCAUGCGCGAUGGCAAAUACAAGGCGGGAGAGGCAUACCUCCGCAUGAAACAGAGCUUGACCGACCCCAGCGAGGGCAACCCGCAGAUGUGGGAUCUGCCCGCUUACCGCGUUGUCGAGAACAACCACCACCACAGAACAGGCGACAAGUGGAGAAUCUACCCCACCUACGACUUCACGCACUGCAUUUGUGACGCGCUGGAGGGGAUUACGCAUUCGCUGUGCACGGUUGAGUUCCGUCAGUCCAGGAUCUCGUAUGACUGGCUUCUGGAGCAGCUGGAUAUGAAGGUGCCCAAGUCGGAAGAGGUUGGGCCCAUGCAGAGAGAGUUUGGCCGCUUGAGUGUCGGUGGCACUAUCCUCUCGAAACGGCGCAUUCUCAUGCUUGUUGAGGGUGCGACAAUCGAGAAGAAAAACGCAGAUGGCACAGUAGAGACAAGAAAAGUCCCGCCAUCAGUACGGGGAUGGGACGAUCCCCGUCUUUUCACACUAGUUGCCUAUCGACGCCGCGGUAUUCCAGCCAAGGCCAUGCUCAACUUCAUUUCGGAGCUGGGUGUAACUGACGCCAACACUGAGAUUGAGCCUGCGCGUUUCGAAGCCUCCAUCCGCAAGCAUCUUGAACGCACCGUACCCCGCCAGAUGCUGGUCCUUGACCCAGUCAAGGUAGUAAUUGAAGACUUUGCCAGCGAAGACGAGCAGGAGAUCACCGUCCCCUACGAUCCGAAGGGCACUAUUCCAGGCGAGCGAAAGGUGAAGGUCGGCAGCGAGGUCUACAUCGACCGCAGUGACUUCCGUGAAGAGGACAGCGACGACUAUUUCCGCCUCGCACCCAACAAGGCCGUUGGUCUCUACAACGUGCCAUUCUCUAUUCGUGCGACGUCCUUUUCGAAGGAUGAGAGUGGCAACGUCACGGAGAUCAAGGCUGUCAAGGUGCCAACAUCAGAGAAGCCAAAAGCAUACAUUCAAUGGGUCGAUGCGGCGACGGCUGUCCCGGUCACAGCGCGCUUGUACAACUCCAUCUUCAAGACAGAAUCGCCCAACACGCUAGACUGGAAGACGGGUGGCUGGGCUGAUGAUCUACGCUCUGACUCGGAGGUUGUGCACGACAAGGCAGUGAUUGAGAGGGGGUUGAAGGAUCUCAUCAAGGAGACGUCGUUGGACUUGAAGGGGUCAUCGGAUGCGCUCGUGCGGUUCCAGGCCCUGAGGACGGCGUACUUUUGUGUGGACAUUGAGUCGACGGAGGAGAGGAUUGUGCUCAAUCAGAUUGUCAGUCUGAGGGAAGACAAGGGCAAAUAGAUAUACACUGGCGUUGGAAUGCGAGGUGGCCAGAAGAAUGUGUAGAUACCCCAGACAAUCGCAUGUACUUCGAGUCUGGGAUGAUUUCAGCCUCAUGACGCU